AUGGCACUCCAAGCCCCACCAGACCCCAGCCGUUCGCUGGCCGCUGUGGGGCUGCCGCGCAGUACGCUCUACGGAUUGCCAAACCGCGGCGAGGCCUCCUUCAAAGAUGAGGCAUGGAAGGCUGGCCAGUUCUUGGAGAAGCUGCGGGCAGUGUUGGCCAGCUACCCUGCCGGCUCUGUCGUCUUCAGCCAGGUGGAUGUGUCCAAGGUGAUCUGGUCCGCCUCGGGCUUGGAAGUACUUUUUGGCAUCUUCCGCGACUUCAGCGUGCGCGUGGACCGCCUUCGGGCUUUCGACUGCGGCCUCGACGAUGCGGCGGCAAGGUCCAUAGCAGCAUGGCUGCACGGAAUGUCGGCCAUGCACCUGCCCAGCGAGAUGCACCUCUCUCACAACCGGCUCACUGUCGCCGGCUUUCGUGCCGUGGUGGAGGCGAUUGAAGUCAAGUGGGCGCAGCUAAUGGGUAAGCGCUUACCUGUGUGGCUGCGGGUGGAGGGGAAUGCCGUGGAU